CUCUGAUUUUCUCUCAGCUUAUUAUUUUACUACACUUUUUGACAGCCAUGUACUUUCGAUGGGGAUUUGCUUUGACGGCCGUUGCCACCGUCGCUUCUUUAGCCAAUGCUUAUCCUGUCAUAAGCCGUCGUGCCGAUAAAUCAAGCAAUGGAACAAGCACCGUCCAUGUGAAGAGUGACAGCGACUUUUGCCUCUUUUUGCCAGCUAAUGAUGCCAAAGACCGGGUUAUUGCAGACAAUGAAGAUGAUGCUGUGGCCUAUUGUACCGGAAAUGGUCUUCCAACCGGUUUCAUUCUGUCGGCCCAUUACAAGGCAACGGAUAACUAUGUUCAGGUCACUGGUCUCAUGGAUCCUUCCAAAGCUAAUCUUCAAUCGAACGAUGACGGUGGUCAAUUCGAUACUCGAGCCCCUCAUGGCGCUGCCUGUGAAGGCUACAAUUACUUUGUCAGUUUGAUCGAGCCGGCUCAGAAUGAUUACUGUAUUCGCUGCUGUAACGAUAAAUCCGAUUGUAACGCUGGCGCAUCAGAGAAAGGAUGCAGCAAUCUUGUCCCCGGUGACUAUUCCGGACCUGCAGGUGACAGUGCCAGCGGUUCGUCAUCCAAGGGCACUGACACCAGUGGUUCUUCGUCUAGCGACUCUUCAUCCAGCGCUUCGUCAACUGGCUCGAGUACAUCCGCAUCGUCGCUUUCGAAUUCAGGUACGUAAAUUAAAUACUUGUCUCGGAGAUCAAGUGGUUAAAUAAGCUUUGCAACGUUUAGCGCCAUCUGGUUCUGGUUCUGAUUCCUCUUCAACAUCCUCGUAGACUCUCAGGCGUCCAGUGGUAAUGCAGAGAGUUCUGCAGCCUCAUCUAUUCUAGCUUGUAAAGGAGUUUUAUUCUCCAAUCCACUUAUGCUAUGGAGUGCGGCCACGUUUGUCACACUCUUGCUGCAGUUUUUUUGAAUAUUUUUUCUGAAGAAAUAAAAUGUUGUACAUAAUAUCGAUAUUCACGUGUGAUAUUCAUGCUGCC